CUCUCCUAUCUAAACUGCCUAGGAAGUUUAUAUGGUAUAGCUUAGCUGAGUUUGCUGAGUUAAGAAAUGUGAGAAGUUUCUUUUGGGAAUCGGUUUUUUGAAUCAACGUGUAUAGGAGCAAGUGAAUGUACACGAACAAUUUGUUCAUGGCAGGGGAAUUUUGUCGGGUUGGAUUUAAACUGGGGAGUAUUUCAAACUAUAUAUACAAGACGUUGUAGCUGUUGUAACCUGUGAAGUUUUUCUUCGGAAACCGUAUUUGGCGUUUCAUUACCCCGAGUAUUGGUAUCCGGCGACAGAAAGAAGAUGAGAUGGAAUCGUAGGGUAUGAUUUGCGCGGUGUAAGGAUUUUAUGGUACAUAUUCGAAGCCGAUGUUUUACCGACAACUUCCGAAUACGCUGUUGGUGAUCCUGAAGCGUGGGCGUAGCACAUGUAUCAUUUUGAAACGUAACUAAUGAAAUAUGUCUUGCUGGUACCUUGCCCACUUGAAAACAGUGACAAUUUGACGCGAGAUGUAUUUUGGAAAGUGAGAUAUUUCUACAUUGAAGCAUGUCAGCCAGAAGAGCCAGUAAAAAGAAGGUUCUAUCAACGUCAUUCCCGGAGGAGCCAAAGUACAGAAAGUGUGCGAAGUCUGGUUGUCCAGCUGAACGGCCAGAAUGCUUUUCAAAUGCUGUUGAAAGCUGUUGCGGACAUGGUUACACUUCAAGAUGGUAUCACCUAUCAGAUGGGGAGCACUUCUGCAAUGAAUGUUUUGACCAUUAUUACAGAAGUCACAAAGAUGGGUUUCAAGCCUAUGAACAGUGGAAAAAAGAUUGGAACAGCAACAGUCAACAUGAGGGGAACUUAAAGAUGUUUAUGGCGGAACGAAUUCUACCGUAUUGGGUGAAAUGCUCUGAUUGUAGUAAAUGGCGCCAAUAUCCCAUAACGGAGGGAGAUUUGACCACAGAUAUUGUCGAAUCUUGGACUUGUAGAAGCUAUAGAAAACUUAAAAAGAAAAACGAAGACGACAAAGUAGAAAAUAAUUUGUGCAGCAGCGAAGAAGACGAGAGAGUGAAGUACUGCCACUCGGGCUACUGGUAUGAAGGACUGGGCUAUAAUCCUCUGUUAAAGUUCAGCCCGACUGCUUCAUUGGUCUCGUCGUAUUAUCUCGAUGGCGUGGGACUGAGCCCGACUGACAAUAACUGGGAAGAUACGAGCGUUAAGGAAAAACUGGAACACGCCGAUGUAAAACCUUUCUGUCUUCCCGAGUCGGACGAUGGUAUUGCAUUGUGUUUCCGACCAGAUGUCAUGGAACCAGACGAGUUGAAGGAAUUCCCAGAAUUUGCGAAAAUCCAGAACAGAUACUUGGCUUUACGAAAUCUAAUCUUGACACUUUGGAGUCUAAAUUACAAGCAAAUCUUAACGGUGGACCGAUGUGUGAACAAUUUGAUCCUACGAGGUCUAGCGCGUAUUGCAAUCAUACCCCAGCUGGAGAGGAUUCUGAGAUAUCUCACGCUCAAAGGAUACAUCAACUACGGGAUCUUGCAAAGCACACCUUACAUAUCAUUGCCCGUUUCUAACCCUAACACUAGUGCACACGUCAUAGUCAUCGGCGCUGGUGCCGCGGGACUGGGAACCGCUAAACAGCUUAGUAACUUUGGAACGAAGGUUACAGUGCUGGAAGCACGAGACCGCAUAGGAGGUCGUGUUUGCGAUGAAAAGAUUGGAAAUAUUACCGCUGGUAAAGGAGCGCAGAUCAUGAAUGGUUGUGUAAACAAUCCCCUUGCGGUCAUAUGUGAUCAAGUGUCUGCCUUGUUCUGGGACCAAAACGAAUCGUUUCCUCAGUUUCAAGGGAAUCACACCCUACUCACUCACGGCUAUGGAACGGUCCUACAGCGGAUGAGCGAAGGACUUGAUAUUCAUCUUGGUGCAGAGGUUACCUCUGUCGAUUACUCCGCAAAGACAAUUUCUGUGACGACAAGAGACGGAAGAAUAUUCAUAGCAGAUAAGGUAGUUGUAACCGUUCCACUGUCCUUGUUGAAAUCGGAGGCCAUUUCUUUCAAUCCUCCGUUGCCAAGCAAGAAAACAGAUGCCAUCAAAAGACUCGGAGCUGGUAUAAUAGAAAAAGUAAUACUCUCGUUCCCCGUGUGUUUCUGGGAAAGCUACUCGGACACUUUCGGACACGUUCCGAACACGAAGGAAACACGAGGAUUUUGCGGGAUAUUUUAUGAUCUAUCACCCAAGAGUGUUUCAGACAGGCAGAAAAAAGACAAUCAUGUCUUGAUGACAGUUUUGGCGGGAAACUCGGCCAUGGAGGCUCAAGAUAUGGAAGAUAAGGAAAUUGUUGACAGAUGUAUGAAGUUGCUGAGAACGAUGUUUCCCAACGAGACUGUACCAGACCCUUUGAAAAGCAUCAUUACUCGCUGGGGAAAGGAUCCGUUUACCAAAAUGGCGUACUCGUUCGUCGCUAAAGAUGGCGUGGGUGAAGAUUAUUCGACACUCAGUGAAGAUGUUGCAAAAAAGAUUUACUUUGCAGGGGAGGCUACAAACAGACAAUUUCCACAGACAGUAACUGGUGCGUAUAUCAGCGGUUUACGAGAGGCCUGCAAAAUUCACACCGACCUUGAAGCGGAUUGACAAAUUUGACCUUUUCAUAUCUAGCAAAGUUUGCAUUCUUGCAAAUUAUGAGUGGAUAUCGAAAAUGAAUGAUUUACGUUUGACUGACCUCACACGCGCAUUAACCAUC